GAUCAGGCUGAUUCCUCAGCUGUGUGCUCUCCUGACAGAGGCACUGUUUUUGUGGGGUAGGAAUGAUGACAGGGGCAAAAAGGAAAAGAAGCACAGUCUGGAGGAAGAUCCAGGCUGUUAGCUUUGAAGAUAUCAAAGCCUGGUGUAUGAGAAGGCUGCCUAUCUUGAAAUGGGUGCCUGUCUACAACUGGAAGGAGAAUUUGCUGCCUGAUACUGUUUCUGGGAUGAUGCUAGCCAUCCAACAGGUGACUCAAGGGCUGGCCUUUGCUGUUCUGUCUUCAGUCCAUCCAGUUUUUGGGUUAUAUGGAUCUUUCUUCCCUGUCAUUAUUUAUGCCAUAUUUGGAAUGGGACGUCAUGUUGCAACAGGAACUUUUGCUUUAACUUCCUUAAUAUCUGCCAAUGCAGUUGAGCGUCUUGUUCCUUCAGUCAGAGCUAAUUUCACUGCAAACAAUAAUUCAGGAAUUUUGGGUUUGUCAGAAUUUGAAAUGCAGAGGAUUGGAGUUGCAGCAGCAGUUUCCUUUCUAGGAGGAAUCAUUCAGGUAGUGAUGUUUAUGCUGCAGCUGGGCAGUGCCACUUUCCUGCUGACAGAGCCCGUGAUAAGCGCGAUGACAACAGGAGCAGCUACACACGUUGUGACUUCACAAGUGAAGUAUCUGCUGGGAAUGAAAGUGCCAUAUAUGUCAGGACCACUGGCAUUUUUUCAUAUUUAUGCCUAUGUGUUUGAGAAUAUCAGGACAGUUCAGUUGGAGGCAUUACUUCUCUCCUUGCUGAGCAUUGUGGUACUUGUUCUAGUAAAAGAACUGAAUGAGAAAUUUCACAGAAACAUUAAAGUUGUCCUUCCCAUCGAUCUACUUUUGAUAAUUGCUACAUCCAUUGCUUGCUACUGUGCUGAUAUGGAAUAUGUCUACAGGAUAGAAGUUGUGGGAAAUAUUCCUAAAGGGUUGCCAUCACCAAAAGCACCACCCAUGAAUGUCCUGCCUGAAGUAGUCACUGAAGCUUUUGGAGUGGCACUGGUUGGUUAUGUUGCCUCACUAGCCCUUGCUCAAGGCUCUGCUAAAAAGUUUAAAUACAAUGUGGAUGACAACCAGGAAUUUUUGGCUCAUGGCCUCAGCAACGUGAUUCCAUCAUUUUUCUUUUGCAUCCCAAGUGCUGCAGCCAUGGGAAGGACGGCACUGUUAUACAGCACAGGUGCCAAAACACAGGUGGCUUGCCUUAUCUCUUGUGUAGUAAUUCUAGUGGUGAUCUACACAAUUGGACCUCUGUUGUACUGGCUUCCUAUGUGUGUGUUAGCAAGCAUUAUUGUUGUGGGCUUGAAGGGGAUGCUAAUGCAGUUCCGUGACUUAAAAAAAUAUUGGAAUGUGGAUAAAAUAGAUUGGAGCAUAUGGGUUAGUACCUAUGUGUUUACAAUAUGCUUUGCUGCUAAUGUGGGACUGCUGUAUGGCGUUGUCUGCACUAUAGUAAUCGUCAUUUUCCGCUUUCCCAGAGCAAAGACACUGAAUUUGAAAAAUAUGAAAGAGGUGGAAUAUAAAUACAAAGCAGAAGAUAAUUGUGAAUCACUAAAACAGGUAAAAAUAGUUUCGGUCAACAGCCCAUUAGUCUUUUUGAAUGCCAGAAAAUUUCACUCUGACCUGUUAAAGAUAAUCCAGAAGGAUGGCAUGAGCAGCCAGGUAGGUGAUACUGUAAACAAGUGUGAGCAGAACACAUUGCUCAGUUCAUUUUCCAAUGGAAGUUGCCAUGGCGAGUUGGUGCAGUCAUGUCACAGUGAGCGACGACUUUUGAUAUUAGACUGCAGUGGACUGAAUUUCUUUGACUACACUGGAGUCUCAGUGCUUCUUCAGAUUUACAUGGACUGUAAAAGCAGAUACAUCGAUGUGGUGCUAGCACACUGCAAAGCUUCCUUGAUAAAAGCAAUGCAGUAUGGUGGAAAUCUUGACUCUGAAAAUCCUGUAUUUUUUGAAUCUAUUUCUUCAGCAAUUGAUGCCAUUCAGAUUCACAGGAAUUACAGCAAGUUCAGUGAACAGAGUGAAGUGUGAUGCCCACCCAUUGAGCAUAGCGAGUUUCAUCUGCUGAUAUUCAAAAUGACCUACAUCAUGGCCUCUCCUUCACUUUUUUCUCCAGUGGAUCUCAUAGAUGAUCUUUUGUAUACACCAUAUAUAUUUUAGUACAUUCAGUAACGACAGAUCUGCCUUUCAGAGAGAAAAUCUUUCAGCUGCAAUCACUCAGAGAAUUUUUAUGCAAUUGUUCUAUGGUGGUUUUAUAAAAUAUUUUUAUAUACAUUUAGAUACAAAUUAUUAGAAAGCAGACACGAGGUACAGUGUUUACCAGUUAGGUGUAUUCUUUUAGGUAUCUUCUAUUGUAACAUUAGUUGUAAUAUGCAUCUGUAGUUUUGUAUAUGAAAUAGAGACAUUAUGAAUUCUUAAAAGAGUAUAAUUGAUACAGUAUCUGCAGGAAGGCAUAUAUCAAUGCAUACUUUUUCUAAUAGUUUUACCUACUCAUUCCUCUGUUCAAGACAAUCAUUUGCAGUAACAGCAUCAUAUCACAGCUAUCAUAUGUUUCCACUUUUUGUACUUGGUUUUUUAAUGGCUGCCUAGAUCCAUGGGAGAACUUACAAGUAAAUGCAGAGAAGGCAGAUGCAUGUUGACUACAAACACUGAAUUGCCUCUGAAUUAACUCUGUUAGUUGUAUUGUGCUAUAAUGGUUUGUUACAUUUUCAAAGUCACAGGUAUUCUUUAGCUCAAACUAAAGAGGAAAAACUUGUAAUAUUUUCCCAAAACUUAUUCUUUUCUCUGACACAUUUUUUCCAGUUUGCAGUACCAGUUUGAGCUGUAAUUUGUUUGGUGUUGAAAUCUUCAGCUGAGGCAGCUGACAGGUGAUUGCAGUGACACAUAAGGUUUGUGCCACAUUUCAGCCACAAUCUUGAUGUGCAGUAUACUGUGUGUGAGCACACAAAGUAGAUGGAGGAAUUCACAGGUUAAGUAUUUGGUUUGUAUUUAUGGGUUGUCAGCAAUUGUAUUAGAUUAUACUAUCACACCAGUAUCAUGUUAUAUGGCCGUGUAUUCGGGCCUUCAAGUAUCUGAAGGGAGCCUACAAGAAACAUGGAGAGAGACUAUUUUCAAGAGUGAUAGUGAUAGGACAAGGGGGAAUGGCUUCAAACUGAGAGAGAGUAGGUUUAGACUAGGUCUUAGGAGAAAAAUUCUUUAUUGUGACAACGCUGAGGCACUGGAACAGACUGACCACAGAAGUUAUGGAUGCCCUGACUCUGGAAGUGUUCAAGGUGAGGUUUUAGCAACUUGUUCUAGUGGAAGUUGUCUCUGCACAUGGCAGGGUGUUGGAAUCAGAUGAUCUUUAGGGAGCCUUCAAACCUAGGCCAUUCUGUGAUUCUAUGUAUUAUUUCUCUCCUCUUGCCUUUGUUCCCUUAUGUGAACACCAUCACUAAAAUGUCAGUUGAGCAAAAAGGAGUCAACAAAAGGGGGUUUUGGUUUUUUUCAUCAACUUAAAAGAUCUAUGGAAGCUAAAGGUAAAUGAAUAUAGCACAGCCAUAAUGGCAAUCUUAUACUACAGAGUAGUAUAAAGGAUGCUUUGUGCAGCUGAAACAAAUAGCCAAAAUAUAGUUCUAAGCAUUCUGUUUUCAGCAGCACUUACAUCUGUAUGCUUGUCUGGACCUUCCUUGCUCUGCCAGCCCAAAGCUGCUGCCUGCAGAUGAGGUGGCUCAAGGAAUGACUUUUGCAUCCCUACAUAGUUAAGACAUUGAUAAGCUCUUCCUCAAGUCCUGGUCACUCCACACUAGUACGAUAAUGGGAGAGAGCUAUGGGGUUUUUUGCCCUUUCAAUUAUGAGUGACUCUUGUAGUUAUUCCCUACUUUGUUCCACAGAGGACUAGAAAUGUUUUGUACAAGUACUUCUGAGAUUGCUUUGGUAAUUACUAUGCAAAAGGUUGAUAAGUAACUGUGAGAAACUCAUUAUAUGCAGGAGAAAUAAAUUCUGUAUAUUGUCCCAAGCACAUUAAUUUCAGAUGCUGUAGUCGAUUGCAAAUGGCUCAUUACAUCACUGGACUCAGUAACAGGCUAUAAUAUUUGAUUAAUAAUUUCCUGAAACAGUUUUAGUAAUUUAUUAACACUUUAGAAACUAUUUACAAUGUACUUUAAUUGUAGAGGCAUCAAUUUUGUGUCACAGCUGAAUGGAGAUUUCUACUUAACUGCAAACUGAAUAAACGAAUAAAUGGUAUCUUUUCUACUAGGUUCAGCAUUUGUUCUUUGUUGGCUAAAUGUUUUUU